UUAWUCAUUAUACACACAUAGAUUAACUGACUCUAAAAUCCACAAAUGGAUAUUUAGAACAGCUUGGAAAUGAUUUUUAACCGACACAUAAUUGUAUUAGAGUCUACGAGGAGUAUUUUUGUGGCUUUACGAUGAAGAUAACAGUGAUUUUUGAUUCAGUUCGUGUAAUAGUUCCGUGUGGGAAUGGCGAACUGUCUGUCCGGGAUUUGACUCAACGCGCAGUUUCUCGAUAUAAAAAAGCUACUAAUAAGCACCCCGAUGAUUAUGUUGAAGUACAAGUAUUAGAGACAUGCGAAGAGCAAGGGAUUCUAGAUCCUGAUGAUGUCGUUGCUGAUGUAUUGGACGAUAAGGAAAAGGUCAUAGCAGUAUUUCAAGAACAGUCCUUAAAUCGUCCAUAUCAUAAUGGUGGCGAUGGAAUGAGUACGUCAUCUAUUGGCACCGCAAGCCCAGAUAUAUUCCAAGCAGAAAUCUCAAGUAUAAAUAAUGACUCCAAAAUGAGAAGUAUAUCACCAGAAAAAGAUGAAAACCAAAACAUUACCUCAAAAUUAAUUGUCGUUUCAUCAGCACAGAUUAGAGAAAAACCACAGCCGCCUCCAGUGGCACCAAAACCAAAUAUUUCAAGAACAAAAGAGCCUUCUGUUCCGACAGUUGAUAGUGAUUCGGGGAUAUAUGUAACUUCAUCAAGAACUUGUUUUGGCUCUGACUCAUCCAAAUCUGAAGUUAGCGAACCUAUUUCUACUCCACGGGUUAUGAGAAUGAGUGAGACUGCAUUCGUUGCUAUUGGUACGCCUAUUAUUGCACCAAAUAAACCAUUCAAUUUCAAUGUUAGUAAUAAUAAUAAUACAAGAAAUACAUCAACGAGUGAUUUUGAACAAAUGGAUGACGAUGAAGAAGAUGGUCAAUUCUCACUGGGUAGAAACUCGGCUCGGCAAAGUAUGUUUAUCGACCAUCCUGCAUUAGAUCGAUGGGCUGAAUUUCAGGAGAAAAGGAUGUACGAAGAAAGAGAAAAUUCACAGGGGUUUGUUUCGGCUGAUGAAAGAGAAGAACCUGCUGGAGCGUCAAUGUCACCUACGGAUGAUAUAACUUUUGAUAACAACAUGUUUUCUAAUGAAUGCCUUGAUAAACAAGAUGGUGUCUCAAAUAAUUCUUUCUAUAGUGGAGAUUCUGAUGAAUCCCUGGCUAUUGAGCUCCAUCCUCAAACAUCUGGUGAUCUUGGGUUUACUGUAGCAGGCUAUAAAACAGCUGAUGGAAGAGAACUUGGGUUAAUCGUUCGGAACAUUUCUCCAGAUGGUUGUGCAGCAAGAGAUGGCAAAUUACAGAUUGCUGACAGAAUUGUUGAGAUUAAUGGUAGUAAUUUACAAAAUCUGUCCAAUAAAAGGGCAGAAGAAAUAUUUUCUGAGUCAAUCAAGGUGCCAGUAGUAAAACUUGUUGUAUCAGGCUCAUCUACCUUUGUACAUGAAGAGAGAAUAAGCAAAGACGAUACUGAAGAAGAUAAGAAUACAGUACAGGAAGUAACAGUUGCAGAACAAGUGCUAGAACAAGAGACUCUGCCAGCACAGUAUUCAGUUAGUCCUGAACCAAAUAGUGGGAUUGAGCCACCGCCAGGAUUCAGAGAUGAUAGGAAGGCCCAAAUGAAUGGACCCCAGUUAUCUUCAAAUGUMAAAAAAGUCAACAAGAAAAUAUUGCUAGAGCUAAACAAGGGUUCAGAUGGUCUAGGGUUCAGUAUCACUACACGUGACAACCCAGCAGGAGGUCAUACACCUAUCUUUGUCAAGAGUAUCUUGGCCAAGGGAGCUGCAAUAGAAGAUGGUCAAUUAAAGAGUGGUGACCAGAUACUCGAGGUGAAUGGAACCAAGAUGACUGGUAAGAGUCAAGGAGAAGCGGUCAACAUUCUCAGAAGUACGAGAGGACUUGUGAAACUGUUGAUACAACGAGAAGAAUUGAUUCAGUCAGCAACCAAACCAGCUAUUCAGGUUAAUGAAGAGAGUACUCGAAAUCUUCGAGAGCAAGGAAAACAGGUCUUGACAUUCAAGAUUCCCUUGAACUAUACUGGAGCAGCAGGGCUUGGUGUUAGUGUGAAAGGAAAAGUAGAUGAAUUGGAAGAUGGAAGGGAUUCUCCACAAGAUAAAGGGAUUUUUGUCAAGUCUGUUAUUGCUGGAGGAGCUGCUCAAAAGGACGGCAGACUUCAAGCAGAUGAUCAACUGCUUAGUGUCAAUAAUGUAUCAUUCCUCGGAGUACCCAAUUCAGAAGCCAUUGAUAGACUAAGAACAUCUAUGCAGUCUACUCGACUUGGACAAGCAUUCAUUGAGGUUACUAUUGCACGGGAUAAAGAUGAUGAUGGUAAAGACAUGGUGGACUUUCAUCAGCCAGAACAGGAGAGACCUAUUGAGGCAGGAUCCCCAUCUCCUGUAGUGACAAAGAGUGUUCCUGUUGUACAACAGAAUAUAUCCUAUCAAAAUGUACCUCAGGUCCCGAGAACUAGUCUGGAUCAAGGAUCUUUAGAUGAUGAUGACGAAGACGAUGAAUUCAGCGAGGAACCAGUCGCGUUGAAUUUCUCCGUCGCAAAGUCAAGAAACAUAGUCCAACGAAACGAAUCCUACUGCUUUGCCGUGACCAAAAGCAAACAACCAUACCGCCGCAGCCCGCUCAUAACACGAGAACCCGCUCGAUCCUCUGGAGCACUUAGAACAUCCAUGUCAGGAAACAUCCCAAACAGACCCUCUAGUACUGUUGCUAUGCCAACGCCUCCAUUAGGAAGCACUCAGGAUAGAUCUGCUGUCAAUGACGGUCCAGAUAGUCAGUCAAAUGUAUCCAAGGUGUCGAAUCCUACCCCAGUACCACCCCCACGGGUAGACUCUUAUAAUAGUUCUGUAAUCGCAAACUAUCAAAUCCAUCAACAGAUGGCUAAUGGUAGAUAUAGUAAAUUGAAUGCCAACACUAGUCAAGAUCAAGGGACAAUACCUCCUGCAGUACCGCAACCACCUUUACUUAUAGCAAACGAGAAAGAGAAGUUAUUAUCCGCCUACCCCAAAGGAUACGAGAGAACGCGUAGCUCUGAAUCAGAAACGAUGGAUAAUGAGGUGUUUAAUGACAGUAAAGACGUAGUGUUUGCUGGAUCAGAACUUCCUGAUGAUAAUCCUUUUGAUAGAGAAGGUUUCGGUAGACAAUCCAUGUCGGAGAAAAGAGCACGCGCGUCAAUGGACGCCAAAAAGACUGAAAUAUACCAAAAACGAGAAAGGCAAAAGUUAGCCGAGGAAAAACAAAAACCUACCAAGACAAGACCGUCGAGUAGUUACGAGAAUAUGAAUUGCGAAGGGACUCCUUCUCCUUUACGGAAAGCCAAGUCAGAAGGACAUAUGCAAGCUGCUGCUAUUGAUGCACAAGUAUCAAGAAAGACGUCAUCCAGUAGUCCGAUGUUGAUAUCCACCUCUGACAGCUCUCUUAGACCUGGUGUCAACGGAAAAACACGAACCUCUAGUGGCAGUACUAGUAAUCUCAGCUUUAGGAAUGCAAUCGAAGGAGCAUCAACAUCAAGCUUAGGGCGUGACAUGCCUAAUGGUGUCGCUAGACAGAGUCAGUCAGAUGAUGCACAAGAUGAAAUACCCAUUACCAUGACAAGCAAAGCAGACUUCAAUGCUGUACAACAGAAACUGGCCAAGAAACCUUUCUACCGGAAAUUCAAAAUCGGCAAAACACGACGAGGGGAGUAUAAUAUAUCAGACAUUGAAAGGUCACCAAAACACUCGAUAUAUUCACAAGAAGCAUUGAUUGACUUCCCAUCUGAACAACGAUACCGUCAGCUCGUAAGUCACUAUGAUGAGUCCGACAAUAGACCAAACAGUAUGCCAAGUAGAGGGAGAAAAUCAGGCAAGGAUCAGAAUGACGGGAAACGACUGUCCAAUCAACCAAGCAGUAACAAGAUAGGUAGAGUUAUUAUGUCUGAACCUACUCAAGUUUAAUUGUGCAAUGAUAUAGUGUGUCAUGGUGUAUGGGUAACAACACUUGGUCGUGGUAUAUAAGACAAUAACCCAUGAUUGUGUGUACUAAUGUCUCUGUAAAGAUGAAUAGAGAUAACAGGGAUAUGAAGUGGUGUAUGGGGUAAUAACCCAUGAAGGUGGUCAUGUUAUAUAGGACAAUAACCCAUGAUGGUGUGUUAUGUCUCUGUAUAGAUGAAUUUAGAUAACAAGGAUAUGAAGUGGUGUAUGGGGUAAUAACCCAUGAUUUAUUCGUGGUAUAUAGGACAAUAGCCCAUGAUGGUGUGUACUAAUGUCUCUCUAUAGAUGAAUAUAAAUAACAGUGAUAUGAUGUGGUGUAUGGGGUAAUAACCCAUGAUAGUGGUCGUGGUAUAUCGGACAAUAGCCCAUGAAGGUGUGUACUAAUGUCUCUGUAUAGAUGAAUAUAGAUAACAGUGAUAUGAUGUGGUGUAUGGGGUAAUAACCCAUGAUAGUGGUCGUGGUAUAUAGAACAAUAACCCGUGAUGGUGUGUACUAAUGUCUCUGUAUAGAUGAAUGUAUAUAACAGGGAUAUGAACGCGCUAUCAAGCUUGUACAGUAUAGACAAGAAUGCAAGGAUUUACACAAUUUAUAUAUCUAUUGUAUAUUUACAAAUAAUAUAGGAAAACACUUAAUUUAGAAUUGCUUUUAAUACUCUAGUAGUAUUCAAUACAUCGAUUAAAAAUCCAAUCGUAGACAUACAUAUGAAUAGGUAAUACCACAGGGAGCCUAAAUUCGAGAUUUACUAAAAACAGUUUGGAUUAAAAAUAAAUGUGGGCUCCCUGUGUUAUCUUUUGAUCGAUGUUCCCGCCCUAUAUUUAUGACUCACUUACGUCCAAUAUUUUAUAAUCACAUUCUGUAAUUACUUGUUGGGAUACCUGUGGUAGGUAGUACCCAGUCCGUACUCUGAUUAUACAUUGAAUAUAAAUGUAAAACAUAGAAAUGUAUUGAUAAAGAAAUAAGCAUUUACAAAGUUCCUGUUCUGCUGUGGUCUGCCUGAUGGAGCGGUCUACUUAUGGCUAGAAAUUAAAAUUAUUUUCCUAAUAUAAUAUCAAAAAGUUUUAGAUUCUAUAGAUUGGUUUUUAUUAGGGUACAUAGCUAUUGGUAUCGAUAGUGGUACUUACUUAUUGAUGUAUGUCAUACGAGRCUAAUAUUGGGAGGCCGUCGCGUCACAAGAAGUAGGGACUUUAAGAUUCGCAAAAUCUGCGAGGGCGACGUCUACCGGAAGUGUAAACAACUUCACUUUGGGGUUUCGCGCCUUCAAAGUCUGUAUUCCCUGUGGAUGAGUUGACUUUACUGACAAUGUUUUGAAUAAAAUUUCCAAUGAACAGAACCCAAAAAGAAAUUAUUUACACUUUCGGUUGACGUCGUCGUCGUAGAUUUUGCAAAUCUUAAUGUCCCUAGUGACGUCAUACUCUCGAUACUUGAUUUUUGAAAGUCAUAACCUGUUUUACCGGUUUACAUACUACUGACCUGUUUUACAGGUUAUCUCAUUACACGUCCCUGGAUUACUGGGGUUAUAUCAGUAAUACAAAUAUUAAGGCGGCUGAAUGUACUAGCUGUUUCCAUAGCAACAUAAAGACAUCUUUACUGCAAUGCUGCAUAGGCACAGUGAUAGACGUGAAACUCUUAAGAAACUCAAUGCGAGGUCUUGAAAUAAGCUGACAAGCAAGCUAUGGUGUUGUUACUAGUCUCUAGUAAACCAUCAAUGAGAGGAAAGUUUCAAACAGCUUUUUAUUUGUACUGGAUCACAAUAGAAAAUAGGCUUGAUAUUACUGCAUAUGUCACAUGUAGACACUGACCAACUUAUAAUAAACAUCUAUUAUAUUUGUA